CGAGCAAGUUCUACGCGGCUGUGUCUCUGCAACUCAGUCUAUGCUCUCUCUCUCUCUCUCUCAACACCAACGACACCGGCCCGUCUCGCUCCGUGACUAUCAUUCCAAGUCUGCUCUUUGUCGAUUAUAACUUAAAGUUGAAACCUGCGAAUUGCCGAACAAAAUGCACAAUAGGAAGCGAAAUUCUGGAAGUACUAUGGAAGCGAAGGAUCCCGAUAUGGGUUUUAAGAAGAUUAUGAAAGACAUCGAGUUCUUCAACUCGUCACAUAUGACAUGGAAGGAGAAAAAGGAAAUGGAAAACAGGAAGGUAGUCUCACUGGGUGGCAAGCCUCCUAAGAAACAGAGAUUACCAUUAAGUGUGGCACGAGUGAUGAUGAAAAAACAAAAGGAAAGAGAGCAGAAAAUGCAAGAACAGAAUAUGAUUCUUGGAAGAUUUGGAGGAAACUUUGGUGGAAGUGCUAGAAAAUCCAUGGAGAAGCGAAAACCUGAGGACCAAGUGCUGAGGUCUACUGAAGGUUAUUUUAAAAAUGGUAUACUUGACGUAAAACAUCUGCUACGUCCUGCCACAUCUGGAGAUGGUGAUAGCAGUAAUCAUGUCAUCAACAAGGGGAAGGGAAAGGGGUGGAAUGGAAGCAGGAAGAAGAACAAUGGGAAGAAGAAAGGUGGUGGUAGAAAGCGUCAUUGAUUGGCAUUGGAAAACAAAAUUUUGAGAGCAAGUUGACAUGACCUUAGUAAGCAUGCUCGGACAAGGUAGUACUAGAAUAGAUAACUUUCUGAGAGGUCCUCUUAUUUUACCAUGCUUGUCAUUCCAGUUUUGCCAAAGUGUAUAGUCCACUACCAUAUGCGGCUCUUAUAUUGUUUUAGGAGCCUGGAGAGAUGUAACAGAUCAGGUUUAGAAUGAGGAGUUUGGUGAUUGAUUUGAUAUUAAGAACCAAAUUUCUUGGUAUAAUACCAUUGCUUCCUUUUGCCAUGCUUUAUGUCCCCAUUAUUACCAAAAGGAAAAAUUACAAGCGUUUUGUGAGUUUAAAUACCAGCAGUGGUCAUUAUUCUAAUAUUAGUUUCUCAGUGCUCCAUUGAAACUGAGAAAGAUGUCUUUUACUUUGCUACUGUAAUCUUCUCUCUCUCUUUAACAAAACUUCUUCAUUUUGUUAAGAAAAGAAAUAGAAGCAGUGAUCACUGUUGUCUCCA